UCGCCGAAUGGAAUAAUUCACCGACGUGGCCUCGUACCAGUGUGACGGAUAUGAUGGCGGGACCACAGGAUGCAGGUGAUGGUGUGUCCAUGGACGUGUGGAGGGCGGUCCGAGAGAACAAUUUUGAGGCGGUGGAAUACUUGCUCCAGGAGGGCGAGGUCCCAGUCGACGAGCGCAACAGCAUGGGCGAGACGCCAUUACAUAUCGCUGCGAGUCGUGGCUUGGACGGCCUCGUGGACCUCCUCUUGCGCCACGGGGCAGACCCCAAUACCCAAGACAAGGAGUCCGGGUACUCGGCGCUGCAUCGUAGCUUUCUCCACGGCCACAUCAACGCAUCACUGCUGCUUCUGAACGGCGGAGCGAUCUUGAACGUCGAGGAAUCGGUCAAAUGUCCACUGGCCCACGACAGGUUGUCGCCUUUGGACCUGCUUUCAUGGCGUCUGCAACGCCCAACCACCGACACAUCGUCACCUGUCGAGGGUGAAGUGUACACGUUUGGCAAAGUAGACUUUCAGCUCGGGUACCACUUGCCCCAUGGCGAUGAGCAAUGCACCCCCCGCCGCGUCAAGUUUGCCCCUGGCGUGGUCCUGUCGCACGUGUCUGCGGCCUCGUACCACACGCUAGCCGUGUCGUCAGCUGGUCGGUGCUACUCGUGGGGAUUCGGCAAGGGAGGGCGCUUAGGCACUGGCGCUGAAUUCAAUUGCAUCCAUCCAGUGCAGCUGCAUUUCCCCAACCAUCGCAUUGUGGUCAAGGCCUCGGCGGGCGAGAACCAUUCGUUGGCUCUGACGUCCACAGGCCAAGUGUUUUCAUGGGGCUCCAACAGCUUUGGCCAGCUCGGGUUCCCUGCCAAGCAAACGUGUGCUGCCAGUCGUUUAUCCCCUAAGCGCAUUGACGGAUUGAAAGGCGAAGUCGUAGUGGACAUCGCCGCCGCGAGCACUCACUCGGGCGUAGUCACCUCGAACGGACAAGUGUUUACGUGGGGAAGCAACAAGAAGGGGCAACUGGGCCGCAAGGAAGGGUUUGGAACGGACCAAGCGCUGCAUACGCCGAAACGGGUCGACUCGUUGCUACCGCACCACGCGAAUCCGGCCGUUCCGACAGACGCCACGUCCGUCGUGGCUACCAAAAUUGCAGUGUCGUGCCACCACACGUGCGUGGUGCUGCAAGUGGCCAAAGACGACCGACUACCCCAGGGCCAAGUGUGGCAGUGGGGUAUGGGCGGGUACUUUCCGUCCCAAGUGCUGCUGCGCCACCAUUCGCGCGACGAAACCCUUCGCCUGUUGCAUCAAAACGUGUGGCUGCCGCGCGUGCAGCAGUACCCCAUCAGCAUUGUCGACAUUUCGUGCGCGCCGCUGCAUUCCAUCGGACUCUGCGCCGUCGGCAAUGUUUACGUAUGGGGGCACGGCCCCAACCCCCUCGCGGCCAACGGACGGAACCUCGUGCCGCUGACCGACCGCGCCACAUCCAUCGCUGCCGCCAAAGAGCACUGUGCCGUCGUGGUGGCGUCCGGGGAUGUCUACACUUGGGGCUGUGGCACGCUAGGCCACGAAGGCCGCAACUGGCUGCCGACGCCGAAACGAGUAGCCAACAUGAAACAAGCCCAAGCGGUCGUAGCCGGACCACACCACCAUGCGGUGCUGGUGACGCCGCGCCGCCCGAUGCUGGAUCAGAGUGUUGGUCACGACACGCUCGUGGACAGAUGCCAGCACGUGCUUCGUCAGCAAGUGUCGCUGCAAACGGUGGUGACGCUCUAUGCCAAGGCGGACCUACUCGACAUGGCGGCGCUCAAGACCAUGUGUCGGCAGUUUGUUGCGCUAAACUUGGACGCAGUGUUGGAGAUGACUCGGAAUGCAGAGGACUGGCCGAUUGAGCUGACUGAUCAAGUCAGCCAACAGCGGCAGAUGAUCCAGCGGGACGUACCCCGCAAGGUAGUACCAUUGAGGGCGGCGGCGGAGAUUCCCGUCAAAAAGGACGUGGAAAAGAAGCUCCGGUCGCUGCAGAAACGACUGGACCAGCUUGGACAACUCGAACUGGUCGUGUCCCCCACCGAUGCCCAAAAGGCCAAGCUCAAGCGAAAGCCUGAUCUGCUUCGGCAAAUCCUCGAAUUAAAUGAGCAGCUGCCACAACCCAACGCGGUGGCUCGGGGUAGCCCUGCCAUGCGACCUGCAUUCGCGGCAAAGUCGAUCGCUGGUGGCAAGGAAUCCAAUCUGAAGCAAUCAACGCAGCUAUUACCUCUGCCGUUCGAGCAAGACAAACGAUGUACGGUACCAACCCCAGCCGUCCCCCAGUCUAAACCCGCGCGCAUGGACGAAAGUACUACAACAACUUUGGAGUCAUCAAGACCAGUAGCGACGCUCGAGGAAACGAAACCGACUCAUCAGCGCAAGAGCCGAGCCAAGUUUGUCCCGUUGAACUCGUUCUUAGACGCCCAAGCAGCCAAGCCAAUGACCCCGUCGGUGGUUCCACACGCGAGAUCCGGGCGUUCCCCGUCCCCAAUGAUGUCAUGGGCGGCCCCUCCGUCGCAGCCCCCGCCCAUGAAAUUGCCCCCCCGAGCAUCUGCAAGUCCGGCAUCGGGUCCCAUGGCGAGUGGAGGGAAUGCUAGUGCGACGGGGGCUUUCAGCUUGGAAAGUUUUAUGAAACCCUGUCGCAGAUCUAAGAAAGCAACCAACGACAAAGCACAGCCCCACACGCCGUGGCACCAGGCGGCUGCGACGACGUCAACCCACUCCCUCACGGCCAUUCAAGCCGCCGAAGUCGUCCAGGUCAAGCACACGUGGAACCUCAAGAAGAACCAGUGGGGACUCUGUCACAUUGAGAACGUCAACCUCAUGGACAUCCAAUCGAUUGAACUGGACGAAAAGCACCACGUCGAUGCGUUGGUUGCCCAAGACAUGGAAUUCGCCAGGAAAUUGCAAGCCGAAGAGUACGCCCAUGUUCGGCGACAUGGUGGCGCUUCGCAGCACAAGCCGCGAUCCAAACGGCGCGGGACAACGUCAGUUCGCGCGGCCUAAGGCUGCCAACUCGUGUAUAACGUGUAAAUGUAUGUAUUCG